ACUGGGCCGCCGUUGUUGUAGUGACCGGGAGGUGCUGCCGCUCCAGGCGGACGGUUCCGGGCACCGCACGGUCCCCACUCCUACCCCGGCCCCUCCCUUCCCCCGGAUCCCCCCACCGGCAGGAGCUGGGAGCCGACUGCUCCCCUCAUGGCCUCCGCCCCGGAGGACCCCAUUCUGGAGCGUUAUUUUAAGGGCCACAAAGCUGCCAUCACCUCCGUGGACUUUAGUCCCAACGGCAAACAACUUGCUACUGGUUCUUGGGAUACGUUUCUCAUGCUAUGGAAUUUCAAGCCGCAAGCUAGAGCUUUCAGAUACGUGGGUCACAAGGAUGUUGUAACCAGCGUGCAGUUUUCUCCGCUUGGAAACUUACUGGCAUCUGCUUCAAGAGACAGAACUGUUAGACUCUGGAUUCCUGAUAAGAGAGGGAAGUCCUCUGAAUUUAAAGCUCACACAGCUCCAGUUCGAAGUGUGGACUUUUCAGCUGAUGGCCAGUUUCUAGCUACAGCUUCCGAAGACAAAUCCAUCAAAGUAUGGAACAUGUAUCGCCAGCGCUUCCUGUAUUCCUUGUACCGACAUACACACUGGGUGCGCUGCGCCAAGUUUUCACCUGAUGGAAGACUAAUUGUAUCAUGCAGUGAGGAUAAAACUAUUAAAAUCUGGGACACCACAAAUAAGCAGUGUGUUAAUAACUUCUCAGAUUUUGUAGGGUUUGCAAAUUUUGUGGCUUUUAACCCUAAUGGCACAUGCAUAGCUUCAGCGGGUUCUGAUCAUACCGUGAAAAUCUGGGAUAUAAGAGUGAACAAAUUACUCCAACAUUAUCAAGUUCACAGCGGUGGAGUUAACUGUGUGUCAUUCCAUCCUUCGGGUAACUAUCUCAUCACUGCUUCUUCAGAUGGUACACUUAAGAUUCUGGAUCUCUUAGAAGGAAGGCUCAUAUAUACACUUCAAGGACAUACGGGGCCUGUCUUUACUGUUUCAUUUUCAAAAGGUGGAGAGCUGUUUACCUCAGGAGGUGCGGAUGCACAGGUCUUAUUAUGGAGGACUAACUUUGAUGAACUGACUUGUAAAGAUAUUUUUAAAAGAAACCUCAAAAGAUUGCACUUUGAUUCACCACCACAUCUUCUUGAUAUCUACCCAAGAACACCACAUCCCCAUGAGCGAAAAGUUGAAACUGUUGAAAUUAAUCCAAAGCUUGAUGUAAUCGAUUUGCAGACCUCCACUCCCCCUGUUGUGGACAUCCUUUCUUUUGAUUCUACCACAACAAUGGAAACCACUGUUAGAACUCUACCAGAGAAAGGUGAGGAGGUCUGCGGAUAUUUCUUGAACCCUUCUUUAAUGUCAUCAGAAUGUUCACCUACAAACUUGAAAAAGAAAACAGAAGACAUGAGCGACCUCCCUUCUGAGAGCCAAAGACCCAUCCCGCUCGCUGUGGCCGAUGCACUAGAGCACAUCAUGGACCAGCUCAACGUUUUAACACAGACUGUUUCCAUCUUGGAGCAGCGACUGACUCUGACAGAGGAUAAGCUGAAUGACUGCCUUGAAAAUCAGCAAAAGCUUUUCAAUGCCAUCCAGAAAAGUUGAGAAGAAAAGUACGAGCAGGGGCAUGAGAAAUGAACACACGUGCGCACACGCAGGAAGGUAGUGCGAGAUGCUUCAUGCAACACAACCAUGUGCUAAACGUCAUGGCAAUAUCUAGCCAUGAUAUUUGAUUUCAGAUACUUUGAUUUCAGUAUCAAAGGACGAAAGGCAGAAAAGGCAUAAUAAAGGCCUAAACACACAAGUCAAUGUCGAGGACUAAUUCAAACCAUUACUAUUUAUGAUUGCAGUAAUAAAGUGACAAAUAUUCAAAUGGCUCUAUAUUUUCCCCCAUAUUAUUUUCAAUGUCAGUUUCCUGGUACAAAGGUAACCAAAUCUCUGGAUUUUGUUGUUAUUUCAAAUUGACCAUGUUCAGGCAAUUCCUUAAAACAACUAGUGUAUUUCUUUAAUAAACAAUACCCUUGGGGUUCUGAAAUAAUUCACUUGCCUCUAAAACAGCAUUUUAUAUGCAGAGAAUGAGUUCAUGAUCUGACUUGCAUUUCUUUCAGUUUAAAAAAAAUUACUCUUUCUUACCUGUGCCUUAAAAAGACGAUCUCAUGAAACUCCCAAACCACAAAAUUUCCACAGCAAGAAUACACUUACCUUAAUUAGCAGCAGCAUAUGGGACAUAGGCAGUGGGUUUUGAUAUAAUUUACUGUAUACAUCAUUUAUCUUUUGACCAACCUGAAAGGAAACCAAGAGUUAGAAAUAUGUGAAGUGCACCCAUCUUCUUCUUUUGUAGAUGAAUGCACUGAAUGGUCUGGGUUGAAUCCAAACCUGUGAUCCCAGUUUACAAAGACCAAGCAUGAUUUCAGAAUCCUCAAAGCCCAGAACAAUGCAACAGCAGUAUUUAACGACAUACAUACGUGUAUGUUCACGUGCUUCAGAAGUGGAUAGGGCGGUUUUGGUAGCUGAAUAGAAGUACUUUAAAAAAAAUUUCCAUCGUUAUCUUCCUUUUUUUUUUAAUUGUGAUUUGAAACAAAAUGAAAAUGAGCUGAACAUUCUAAAAGAUCUUGGUUACAAAUUAAGAAUUUUGUUAUAAAGAGAUUAAAUUGAAGAAAAAUGAAUUUAGUUUGCAUUUCUGUUAACCUGUAUCAAGAACAGAGAAGGUGGGAGAAAGCUGUCCACAUUAAUGAUGCCUGAAGGCAUAUCAUGGGGAAUUUACUGUCUAUGUUUUGGAAAAGAAACCGUGAAGUCUUGUUUAUAUACGAGUAUAUAUUUAGAAAUCUUUCUCAAAGCAGUUUUCAGUUGUAUUUAUGAGGUGGUUUUGUUUAUCAUCUCGUGUUUUUCAAGUGCCUUUUAUAUGAUACUAAGUGUGAACUUCUAGACAGUUUCAAGAGUUUAUAAAGACCAAGUGGCAUUGUAUUUUAUAACCUCAUUGAGAAGACUAUGAAAUGUCAUACUGAUUUGUUUACUCUUUUUAUAUGCUUCAAACAAUAAAGGCAUUUUACCUUU